AUGGAAGGAACUUGGAAUCAUAAUGUAAAAGAUGAAGAUGGAGGAAAACUUAAUAGAAGUAGCGGGAUAGAUGAGAAAAUAGACAUCCUAUCCAAGGUAAGCGACAAUCCGUUCGAUGUUUUAUCUCGGUCAUUGUACAAAAAGAUCAAGAUAAGCAAUGAGGAAUGCCCAGUUGGAGAUAAUCGAAUGGAAGAUGCUAUCUUUGAAGAACUUCUUGUAAGAAACAAGGAAAAGCCUAAAGUUGAGGAUGAAAAGAUUCUUUAUGGAAUAUUCACUUCCAUGGUCCUGAUGGCAGACAUAGAAAUCCAAGCACAGGAGCAGAAGAUGUACAAAUUUCCUUUUGAACUUGAGACAAAGAAUGAUGGAUCUCCACUCUUUAGGAGAAUGUAUUCGGAAUAUCUCAUAGCAAUUAAGUCAGCGUUCAGGGAAUACAAAAAGAACAACACUAAGUUUUGUGUGAAACUCAAAAACAACUUUCUGUUGUUUGAUUCGUGUCUAAAAGCCACUGCUGGGCUGAAAAAAGAGCUAAUCAGAAAUGAGAUUGUGUUUGAAGAAGAAGGAUCAUUCUUGAUCAUUAAAGGGCUGGAAAUAGCCUUGGUGUUUGACUAUAUAGUCAACAUCCCCAUAUCUUCAUCUUUCUGUAUACCUUUCAUUCUUUCCCAAAAUCCAUUUGAAAACGGAAUCUUGUUUUCUGUGAAGCUCCAGAAAAAACGGGCCAUAAGAGAAGGAAAAAGAAUCCUCUAUUCUUACGAACUUCUCGGUCCAUUUUGGGCCGACGAUUACAAAGACCUUAUUCCUUUCUGCACCAAGAUAACCUAA